AUGAUCAAACUGGUAUCAUCAGAUGAUAGGCAUGUGAAUGAGGAAUUAAGUUUGCUAAAAUAAAACAGUCUUUCUUUUGCAAUAAAAAAUAAUACUCUACAAAGAAGUUUAUCAACUUCAAAACCAAAUGAUAAUAAAAACUUAAAAAAUUAGAGUUAAAUCCAUAUUUCUUAUCUCUAUUCAAGUCCAUUAGUAGUCCAAAUAAAUGAUAAACUUUAUGAUGAAAUGCUAGAAGAUAUAAAUUUCAAAGAGGAAUUCAGGUAAAUAAUGUAAGGCCUAGAAGUUGAACGGUUAUAAAUUAAAUACAGAUAUCAAUUGGCAACUGUCUAGAAUCUAAUAGACUGUCUUCGUUAAAGGACAAUUGGCUUGCAUUUCUCAGGUCAUGGACUAUAAAAUAGGAGGGAAAAUUUUUAAGAUUAGAGUUAUUUUAUGAAGAUUAGAGAUAAAGGAGAUAUUCUCAUAUUUGAGGAAUAAAAUGGAGGAGUAUCUUAAUUUUUGUUUGAGAAAGAUCUAAAGUAAAUACUUAGUUAAUAUCCUUCAGAUCUAUAAUUUGUAGUUGUUGCUUCCUGUCACUCUGAGAAUUGUGGCUUGAUAUUUAAAAAGGCUGGUGCCUCUCAUGUAAUAUGCAUUUAACAAAAUAAAUAACUUAAUGAUGAGGUAGCUAUCACUUUUUCUAGAACUUUUUAUACCAAUGUUUUCGCCUCUAACUUGUCAAUUUGCUAAGCUUAUCAAGUUUCACUCAAUCACAUUGAAAUGAUGUAUGGCUAAAAAGAAUCUAGAAUGUUUAAACUGAUAACUUAGAUUAACCAUCACUGCAAAAACAAGUAAUAAAAAAGUUUUGAUAAUUUAUAAGUUGGAAGAUUAAAAAAUUUAUUGCCUUUGCCUAAAUUGAUGAUACUUCCAUUUAAUCAGCAUCCAUACAUUGCAAGAAAUAUGGAAAUACAUUCUGUUAUCAAAAUGAUUCAAGAUAAUAGAGUGAAAAUAGUUAAGAUAUUUGGAAUGUCAGGCUCUGGAAAGUCGACAAUUCUUAAGAAAGCCACUCUUUACCUUGCUGAUAGAGAUUAGUUUACAGGGGGCAUUAUUUAUAUAAACCUAAGCGGAAUUUAGACAGUGAUAGAUGCAAUCUAUUAAAUAGUGAAAAGAAUAUAUAAUAUUGAUGAGCUAGCAAUAAACCAAAAGUUGGAAUUGAUAAGGUAUCUAAAUCAUACAAUACAAGAGAAAGAGACAUUGAAGAUUCUUCUUAGCACCUCAAUUUAUAUUGAUGGCCUUGAAAAUUUAGCAAUUAAACAUAUAAAGGGAUUAAGUCCAGCAAAGUCAUUAUAAAUUCUCUAGGAAAAGACAACCAAUAAUGAAUUGUAACAAAAAAAUUUCGAAUAUAAAUCUAUAAAUGAUCUCCACAAUUUUACUUUGCAAAUAAAUCCUGAAUUUAAAAACACUCUAAGGUUAUGUGAAUAGUCUUGCAAAUUAAUAUCUCACAGAGGAAAUUACUAGGAAUGUAUAAACUAAUACCUUUUAAAGCAUCCAAUAUUUAAAAUCUUAGACCAGCCCUUAGCCAUUAGUAUCGUAUCUUCAUUAAUGAUUAACCACACUCUAGUUGAUAUUUACUAACUCUUAAUUUCAAACAAAUUCUUUACUGAAAUCGGAGAUUCUUUGCUUCUAAGUGUAGAUGAAGCAAUUAAGUCUAUAUUCUUAGGUGAAAAAAUAUUUAUAUUGCAAAUACUGUGUAUUAUAGGAUAAACUUUAGAAGGUGUAUCAUUUUCGGAACUAAAGCUUAUUUCAGAAAAUGAUUAAGAUACUUUAGAAGCUCUAUCCUAUCUAGAUAAAAUUUCAUUGAUUUAUUAUGACUAGGAGAAAGAUUAGUAUUAGCUUCAUAAUAUUGUUAGGAAAUACUUAGAAAUUAAAAUUCAAGAUUCAUAUAAGAGAGAAGCGAAUAUAAAGCUCAUGAAAUUUUAUCUCAAAAUGAUAAAAACAAUAAAAAGAAAUGUCCAUUAAGGUUCUUAAGAAUUGGAAAGUUUAUAUAAAUUCCUAGAUUAACAUGAGAGAAACAUAAUUCACUCAAUUCAGUUCUUUUUGAAUAGAAAUACUUAUGAAUUUAAUAACACUGUUGAGCUAGUUGGAGAAAAUUUGGUUUCAAAACAAUAUACUAAAACUUAAUUCAAAAGAAUAACAUUUGAAAGGAGAUACUCUAAUACUUUUUCUUAGAACUUCUAAGCUAGAAGUUAAGCUGAAGUUUAAUUGUAACCUUAGAGCUUUGAUAACUAGUCAUAAUAAACUCAAAUUAUUCGUGUACCUUCAUCUAUUGGUGGAGAAACUGUAAUCCGAAGACAUCCAGACUUUGAUUUAGAAACUGAAUCUAUGAGUAUUAAUUAACCUAAAUUAAUCCAAUAAAACUCAGAGCAAAUGAAAGUACCUUCAUAUGACUUUAUGAUUAGAGAAGAUUCUAACAGAAAUAAGACAAUAGGAGUUGAGAUAUAAAAGUAAUUUGAAGAAAAUGAGCCAAUUCUAAGUGACCAUAUUGAAGAGUGGGAAAAAUAAAGGUAUUAGGCGCAAUUAGAUAAAUUGGAUCGAUUGGAUAUCAACAUUUCAGAUUUCUUCUCAAUCAGUAACAAAACUUCUAAUCUCAAGAUAACUAGAAAUAGUUAAGUAACUCAAAAGAUGAGAUUAAUCACAUCAUCUUAAAAUAAACUUACAGUAAGAAGAGGAGUGCUUAAUUAUAAGAUGCCAACAACUGUGAAUAGACAAGAUUUUGUUGAUGAUCUGGAUAUUAGUAUUAGAAGUCAUCUCUCAAAAAGCAGUGUAAAUAGUUUAUCUAAAACAUUGAAGCCUCAGAGUUAGUAAAAUAUUCAGAAAUUAAGUCAAGAAAUAGAGAAACAACUUAUGAUAGACCUAGCAUAUGAAUACCUAAGCUCAGUAGCGAUAAAUUCUAUAGAUAUUCCAACGUUUCUUGAAUUAAAAAGCAAAUUUCUCAUCCUUGAAUAAGAUUUAAGAUUCAAAGCAAAUGUCAGCCUUCUUCUGGUAUAUUAAUUCUUGAGAGUUGGUAACUAUCAGAGUGCAGCAACUGAACUCCAGACACUAUUGCAAAUCUAUAAUUAGUUGAAAUCGAAUUAGGGACUGGCUAUUGUCAACUUUUAUCACUCCCUAGUAUUCAUGUUACUAAGAAAUUCUUAAGCCUAGUAAUAGGCUUUUGAAUACUUACAAAAAUCUGAGAAGAUAUUUUCAAAAUUAUAUGACAGUAAUGGCCUAAAGUACUGUCAGUAUUUAAGGCAAUUAUUGAAUUAGAAAUCUGCUCUUGAUAUUUUACUCAGAUAGGCAUAAAAAAAUAAUUUAAUGAUGAAUUAACACCAGAUGUUUGAAGAUAAAUAAAAGGAUAAUUAGAAGGUAAGCAGCGAUAAAUAUGAUAGGCUUUUGCUUGUAAGAGAUAUUGAAUUCUUGAAUCUGCUACUAAACCCAGUUUGA